CGCGCACUUCCACCAGCUUCGACAGGACCAGAGCAAAAACAUGGCCCCUUCUACCAGCGCACAGCGCCAGCAGUCGGACGAGCAGACCCCCCUCAUCGGCGGUGGCCGCAACGGCCGCUCCGAAUCGCACUCGUUCCACGACAACAUCGGUGGCGGUGGCGGCUCGCACGGCGGCGCGCCCACCGUCCUCCAGAGCCUCAAGAACUUCAUCUUCUCGGGCUGGCUCAACCUCCUCCUCGUGUCGGUUCCCCUGUCGUUCAUCUCGCACUUUGCCCACUGGGGCUCGACGGCCGACUUUAUCAUCUCGUUCAUCGCCAUCGUUCCGCUCGCGUCGCUCCUCGGCGAUGCGACCGAGCAGUGCUCGCUUCGGCUCGGCCAGACAGUCGGCGGUCAUUUGUUCCCUCGCGCGCGCAGCACGUUCGGCAACGCCGUCGAGCUCAUCGUCGGUGUCCUCGCCCUCAAGCGUGGCGAGCUCCGCAUCGUCCAGACGUCGCUCCUCGGCUCGAUCCUGUCCAACCUCCUCCUCGUCCUCGGGUGCUCGUUCCUCGUCGGCGGCCUCAAGUUCAAGGAGCAGCAGUUCCAGGCGACGGCCGCCCAGGCCUCGUCGUCGCUCAUGGUCCUCGGCACGGCGACGCUCGUCAUCCCCGCCGCGUACCGCGCCAACCAGCUCGACGGCUCGCUCAGCAACGACGGGCCGGGCGUCCUCACGCUCCUCGACGACUUUGGCAAGAAGACCGACAUCUCGGGCCUCCUCAAGCUGUCGCGCGGCACCGCCAUCGUGCGUGGAUCUCUCUCGUUCCGGUGGUACCUCUACUUCCAGCUGCGCUCGCACCACUACCUGUUCCAGGCCGAGGCCGACGACGAUGAGGAGGAGGCCAAGAUGAACAUGCCGACCGCCGUCGGCGCCCUCGUCGUCGUCACCGUCAUCACUUCGUUCUGCGCAGACUACCUCGUGGGCGCCAUCGACGACUUUGCGACCGACUUUGGCAUCCCCAAGGCCUUUAUUGGCCUCAUCCUGCUCCCCAUCGUCGGCAACGCCGCCGAGCACGUCACCUCGGUCUGGAUGGCCGGUGCGGGCAAGAUGGAGCUCACGAUUGGCGUCGCCAUCGGCUCGUCGAUCCAGAUCGGCGUCGGCCUGAUCCCGAUCCUCGUCAUCGUCGGCUGGAUCAUCAACCAGGACCUGACCCUCUUCUUCGAGAACUUUGAGACGAUCGUGCUCUUCGUCUCGGUCCUCCUCGUCGACAUUCUCGUCGCCGACGGCAAGUCCAACUAUCUCGAGGGCCUCCUCCUCGGUGCGUCCCAAGCCUUCCUCUUUUCUCUCUCCUCUCGCGCGUACGUCGAGCCUGACGACGAGUGCCUCUCGCAGUCGCGUUGUACCUCGUCAUCGCCCUCGCCUUCUGGUUCACCAAGUAAAACCUCUUGGCGCUCCCUCCCCGUCGACCUCCCCAGUCUCUCAGACCCGUACUAGCGACGUCCCGAUGCACC